AUGAUCAAUCCCUCUGUUGAAACUUGCAUUUUGUUGUCUCGAAUUGAAGAGGGUCCAUCUAAACAAUCGAGACAUUCGAAGAAAGUGGAGGACAGUCCUACGAAACCGGUUCAGGAGAAAAAGAAAACAAAGUCUCCAACGAAGAAAUCAACAGAAGAAAUUAUUGUUACGAAGCCUGCGCCAAAGACUGAUGACCCUUCUAAGGAAGUGGUUCCUUCGAAAACAGGAGUGUUCAAGCGACUGAAGAAAAUUGCUCAUCAACCACAAAGCUCUUUUGAAAGAUCUCUAAGUUUUUUCUCCAUCUAUGGUUCACAAACCGAAUGUUACGAGAAAAUGAGUGGUAAUUCGUGA